AUGGAGCCGAUGACUACAGAGGACGAUGACCAGAAGGGGUAUACGUGGGAGGCUGGAUACGCUGACGGCUUGAACAUCCGCGAAGUUUUGGAAGAAGAUGAAGGCGGCUCGAUUGAGAAGUCUAUCGCCAAGCUCGUCGCUGAUGCGCGGAAAAAACAACGGACACUUGAAAAGCCUACGAAAAUAAGGCUGGGCAUUAUGCGGUAUGUCUAUGUUUGUAUUGACUGUUCUCGAUCUAUGACUAGUAAGGUGAUGCCACCUUCUCGAUUCUUCGUGACUGCGAAGAUAGUGAGCAAUUUCCUGGAUAGAUUUUUCGAACAAAAUCCUAUUGCACAGGUCGGACUUAUUUUGGUUAAGGACAAGAAAGCCGAACGUUUUGUCAGCCAUACAGGCAAUAUUCGCGCCUUAAAAGAUAGCAUUAAUUCGAUCAAUGAAGCCAUCUGUAGCGGGGAUUUCUCGCUACAGAAUGCUCUGCAGCUUGCAUUAACAAAUUUGAAAAGCUUACCUGGUCACGUCUCUCGAGAGAUUAUUGUGAUAAUGGCAAGUUUAUCCACAGUAGACCCCGGGAAUAUAUUCUCCACUUUUGAGAUCUUAAGAGGGCACAAUAUCAGAUGUUCGGUGAUUGGCCUUAGCGCAGAGCUUUUCGUAUGCAAGCAGUUGGCAAAAAUUACAAAUGGACGGUAUGACAUAGUGCUUGAUACAGAUCAUAUGGAGAUGUUGCUAUACCAGCACACUGCUCCUCCUCCGUCUACGAAGGCUGCAGAGUGCAAUGCUAUUCGCGUUGCUUUUCCUCCUCAUGUCAGCAUUAAAGAACGUUCAUUCUGUGUAUGCCAUCCGAUGUCUUCCCCGCUGUCGACAACUCGUGGUUUUCUAUGUGAACAAUGUGGGGCACGCCAUUGCUCGUUGCCAGCGGAAUGUCGCGUCUGUCGACUUACUCUUGUUGCAGCACCUCAGCUUGCUCGUGCGUUUCGUCAUUUGCUUCCUCUGCCUGCAUUCGUUCCUACUCCUGUCUCAGAAGGAGAAUGUAUGGCAUGUGAACGUCCCUUGACUGAGGAAGGUUUUGCAUGCAAGUCUUGCGCAGGACUUUUUUGCUUUGACUGUGAUAUACUUCUUCACGAAAGCCUUCACGUUUGUCCUAACUGUUUAUGA